CGUCCUCCGACACAACACAGCGCGCAUCCAACCCGGAAGCCUGGCAACCUUGGUUGGCGUGCACUGCGCCCAGCCCGCCACAGGAGUCGCUGGUGCGUGAUGAGACAAGGAUAUCCCUACCGGCCUAGGUUACACAUUAUGCCAAUUGUGCGUCGCCGCACGGACCUUCCGGUCGCGGCCGGUUACGACAGAGCCUGGGCAAGAACCCAGAGUCUCUGGUGGCACAGCUGGUGCUGCAGUACAACACCCUUAACCACUGCGCCACCCAGGAGGCCCGUGGUUUGUAAUGUUAAUCAUUUAAUUUGGUUGUUAUUCCAUUGGUUUACAUCAAGGUAGAUGCCCCAGUUGCAGAGCAACCCACACAUUGAAUAUGGAGGUUUUAAAUGUUAGAACAAUCACCAGUAAAACCUUUCUCAUGAAUGACCUCAUUACUGAGCGCAAAGUUGAUUGCAUGUUUUUCACUGAAACAUGACUGUGUAGUCAGACUAUAGUGCCGCUCUUAUUGAAACCUACCCCCAGGCUACAGCUUUUCAUACUCUAUCAGAAAAGGGUGGGGGGACAGCUUCUAAUUUUACUAAUGCUCUCAGUUGUAAGGACAUUUCGUUUGGGGACUUUGGGUCUUUUGAGCAUCUUGCUAUACUGUUUAAAUGUCAGCCACCAGUGCUGGCUAUAACCCUGUAUAAGCCAUCAAAGCACUGCCCCACUUUCUUUACUGAUUUAUCUGAACUAUUGUCUAUUGUCCUUGAGAACUAUGAUAAAAUCAUUGUUUUGGGUGAUGUUAAUAUUCAUGUUGACAAAGAGACUGACUCCAAGGUCUGUCUGUAUUGAAUUUCUUAAUAUUUUGAGCUCUAAUCUUUUCAUAUUUUAUUUUCAUAGUUGUUUUAAUCAUUUUUUCCCUGUAAAGCACAUUGCUUUGCAUACCAUGUCUUAAAUGUGCUGUAUAAAUACAGCUUGAUUUCAUUUGACCUAGGAUCAGGGCACUAUCCACAAAGCAUAUCAGAGGAGUGCUGAUCUAGGAUCAUUUUAGCCUUUUAGAUCAUAAUGAAUAAGAUUACAUGGACAGAUGGGACUUGGUAAAACCUAAACCUGCACUCCUACUCUGAGAUGCUUUGUGGAUAUGGGCCCUGGUCCCACUAGUCCAUAUAAUCUUAUACAUUAUGAUCUAAAAGGCUGAACUGAUCCUAGAUCAGCACUCCUACUUUAUGACACCUACAAUCCCUGGUUAAGGCUACUUCCUCUCUACCCAACCACCCCAACAUUGCAUGAAAGCAUGCAUGAGAAUGGAGCAUGAUGGGCAGGUAGGUAGGCACUUCCUCUGUGGUUGGUGGUGUGGCAUUUAAAAUCAGCAAUUUGAGCAGAUACAGUAUUUGCACAUUCUCUUUUCUAAUAAGGUAAUAGUCUCAUAAGGCCAUCCUUGGCUAAUAAGAUGAUAGCUGUCGGAAAAGGCCAUUGUGUAGCAUGCGACGAAGCAUGUGUACUGCACUGACAGUGUGCAGCACAUACUGUACCCAGCACAACAUUACAACAGACAUCACUGAUAAGCCAAGGGUGGGCCUGGAAGGGUAUAGGCCCACCCACUGGGGAGUCAGGCCCAGCCAAUCAGAAUGAGUUAUUCCCCACAAAAGGGCUUUAUUACUUUAUUACAUACAAAAAUACUCCUCAUUUACAUCAGUUGUCCGGGUGACUGGUCUCAGACGAUCCCGCAAGUGAAGAAGCCGGAAGUGGAGGCCCAGGGCUGGCGUGGUUACACGCGGUCUGCAGUUGAGGCCGGUUGGACGUAAUGCCAAAUUCUACAAAAUGAUGUUGGAGGUGGCAUAUGGUAGAGAAAUGAACAUUCAAUUAUCUGGCAACAGCUCUUGUGGACAUUCCUGCAGUCAGCAUGCCAAUUGCACACUCCCUCAAAACUUGAGACAUCUGUGGCUUUGUGUUGUGUUACAAAACUGCACAUUUUAGAAUGACUUUCUAUUGUCCCCAGCACAAGGUGCACCUGUGUAAUGAUCAUGCUGUUUCAUCCAUUUCUUGAUAUGCCACACCUGUCAGGUGGACGGAUUAUCUUGGCAAAGGAGAAAUGAUCACUAACAGGGAAGUAAACAAAUUUGUGCACAGAAUCUAAGAGAAAUAAGCUUUUUGUGUGUAUUGAACAUUUCUGGGAUCUUUUAUUUCAGCUCAUGAAACAUGGGUCCAACAUGUGCUGUACUCAUGAAACAUGGGUCCAACAUUUUACAUGUUGUGUUUAUAUUUUUGUUCAGUAUAUGUCCAUUUUCAGAAAUGUUGGUAAAUUUACUUUAAUUCUUUAAAGAACUUGUAAAAGAGAUUGGUGGGUUUUUCCGCUAUCUAAUCAUGGCAUGGGCUUAUUCAAUGACAGUCAUGUCUGUGUUUUUGGAUAGCAACACUUCCUCAUUGUCAAAAGAACAGCAUUUGCUUGCUGGUGUGCUGAGAAACGUGCUGGCUGUUCGAGCUUCCUUUUUUGUGAGGGACAUGCAUCUUUCCAAACUUUUGGUUUUUAGUGUGGAUAAAUUAAAACUCCUUGUUUGGAUAAAUUGUUCAUGCUUUGGAAAAACUAUGUUGAUAAUAUUGUUUCUAUUACAUUAACGGGUGACAGGCAUGUAUUCUGUUGUUGUGAAUCAACUUAAUUCUUCCAAGGUUUCAUUUCUGAUUGACUUUCCUGAUUAAUUUAAACUACUGUACAUAUUGUUGUGAUACAGUACUGUGCUGUGCACAAUAGUUGUGCUGUACUACAGUGCAGUGGAUUCGUAAAUGUAUUCAUCCAGCCCUACAGAUGGCAAUGUCGCAAAAGAGGACUACAACCUAAUUUUCCACUGAAGGGGGGGGGGAUUCUUUCUUGAAGUGAACACAUAGGCAAUUGAUAAGUUGUAAAGGUACUGGGAAAGAAAACCGUUAGCUCAGGGGCGAAAUUGCUUUUAUAAUAACGAUUCCAACAGUUGAUUUGCGUCGCUACAUCCUUCAUUGCAACGAAAGCGGUUAAGUUCGGCGUGUUCGCUACGCCAGUUGUUAGUGGGAGGAAAAUGCCAUCUUUUUCAUGGAGUCUUUGGCUUGGCCUGGUUCUGAUCCUCCCAUCUUCGCUGGCGGCGGACGAAGCGUCGUCGCUGCUGCAGGACUGGCAUGACGUGUGGCUGUUCCGCUUCUUCCUCAACGUGCUGGGCUACACCACCAUCAUCAUCCCCGGCUACUUCCUCAUCACCUACUUGAAGAGGAUCAACUACCUCCAAACAGGUGUGGAUGAUCUACAAACUGGCCGAGGCAUUUUCUAUCCUGUCAUAAAGGCCUGUGUGUUUGGAAGUGAAACGAAGACAGGUCUCCAAGACGACGUGUCGCUAGCUCCCAGAAAUGAUGCGGACUCGGGCUCGUCGGCCAGACAAGCCUUCAAGUUAGUCUUCUGCGCUGCAGGGCUUCAGGUGUCCUACCUGACAUGGGGUGUCCUACAGGAGAGGGUGAUGACUCGCUCGUACGGGGCUUCUACCCCCGAGGAGGAGGGCGAACACUUCAAGGACUCCCAGUUCUUGGUGUUCAUGAACCGUAUCCUGGCACUGACCGUGUCAGGCCUGUGGUGUGUCCUGUUUAAGCAGCCCCGCCACGGCGCACCCAUGUACAAGUACUCAUUUGCCUCGCUCUCCAACGUCCUCAGUAGCUGGUGCCAGUACGAGGCCCUCAAGUACAUCAGCUUCCCCACUCAGGUGCUGGCCAAGGCCUCUAAAGUGAUCCCUGUCAUGCUCAUGGGCAAGAUUGUGUCACACAAGAGCUACGAGUACUGGGAGUACCUGACGGCGGCACUCAUCUCUCUGGGUGUCAGCAUGUUCUUGUUGACGAGCACGGCAGAUAAGCACCCAUCUACGGUCACAACGUUCAGCGGCGUGGUCAUCUUGGGUGGCUACAUAGUCUUCGACAGCUUCACGUCCAACUGGCAGGACAACCUGUUCAAGCACAAGAUGUCAUCUGUGCAGAUGAUGUUCGGCGUCAACCUCUUUUCCUGCCUCUUCACCGUGGGCUCGCUGCUGGAGCAGGGCGCCUUCUUCGACUCGCUGGCCUUCAUGACGCGCCACUCUGAGUUCGCAUUCCAUGCUGUGCUGCUGUCGGUGUGCUCGGCGUGCGGCCAGCUCUUCAUCUUCUACACCAUCGCGCAGUUCGGCGCCGCCGUCUUCACCAUCAUCAUGACCCUGCGGCAGGCCAUCGCCAUCUUGCUCUCCUGCUUCCUGUACGGCCACGCCGUCACCAUGGUGGGGGGCUUUGGCAUGGCUGUGGUCUUCCUCUCCCUCUUCCUGCGUGUUUACGCCCGCAGCCGCAUGAAGGCGGGACGCAAGGUACCGCAGCCACAGGUGCAGAAGGUCUAGGAGGAGGAAUUGGAGGGAACUGGAAAAUGAACUAAAGCCACGUUUUCGGGGGCGCUUUUUCUCGUCUGUGUGUCCAGUUUGACUUUUUAAGUGUUCAUUUUAUGGGUUUCUACUUGUAUAGAAAAGGUACAGAAGGGGAUUCUAAUGCCUUUUAAAGGUGUUUGACUUGACACGAACUGAGCUGUUGUCGGAGGUCAUUCGGCUAAAACAAUCAUCAGUCACAGGCGUUUUAAAUUACUCGGCAAAACCGUCGCUUGUCCAUUUGUGUAUCUGAAACCCAGCUCAAAAGCAUACCACAUUGGCAUGUGAAAUGUCAAUAACUGAUAAUGGCUGACGCCUUUUGAUUUCUGCCUCCAUGAUAUGCUUCUGGAGCAGCACUCGGAACAUAAAUGUGACAUUUGAGGUGUAGUGUUGGCGUUAGCGCUAAUACAUAAGCUGUGUACUGCAAGACUCCAGCUCUUGGUAAUGUAACAUUGCGAAUGGCACCAUAUUAAGUGGUUUAAAAGGCCUCUAUGAAAAGUUACUUUGACAGUAAGAGAACAUGAGAUAUUGUGGUGAGCGGAGCAGGGGAUCAUCUCUGUUUAGAUACUAUAUCAAUUUUGUUUAAAAACAAUGUCAUUAUUGCAUUGUUCUACUUGUUGGACAUGGCAUGAGACAAAUGUUCUGUGAUCAUUACUAGUCAAUGAUCAGGUAAUUCUGUUUGAAUAUUUUAUUUCUUCUGUAUAAAGAAGAUUCACUUUGGGCAGUGUUCUGACUUGAGAUCUGCCCACUUAACUUACGUUUUCUCAGAAGUCUAUCAUUGACAUGAAUGAAGGAUUUACGUGGACGUUCGAGCUGUGCAAACCCAGAUCUCAAGUCAAAAUACAGAUCAUAGAAAGUUGAUGUUUUUUGUCCCUCGUGGCUUACCAGAGUAUGUCUGAUAAGGAAUGUUACUGAUCAUGUCCCCACAGAGAGAACUAAACCAUUUUCCUCACAGUAUCACAAUAAUAAAUGCACAGCUUACCAGCAAACCAUCAAAAAUAACUUUACAGCUGUUAAUGUUCUAUAUUGUAUGGACCUGGGACUGUCUGUCACCAACCCAGUGCCUACAGAAAGUAUUCAGACCACUUGACUUUUUCCACAUUUUGUUAUGUUACAGCCUAUUCUAAACUGUAUUACAUUGUUUUUUUCCCUCCUCAAUCUACACACAAUUCCACCAUAAUGUCAAAGCAAAAACGGGUUUUUAGAAUUGUUUGCAAAUGUAAUUAAACAAAAUAUUAUAUUUGCGUAAGUUUGCAGACCCUGUUCAUUCAUGCACCUGAGCUCAACUUCCAGUCUCAUAGCAAAGGGUCUGCAUACUUGGGUAAAUAAGGUAUUUCUGUUUUUAAAGUUGUAUAAAUGUGCAAACAUUUCUUAAACCUGUUUUCGCUUUGUAAUUAUAGGGUAUUGCGUGUAGAUUGACGAGGGGAAAAAAAAAUUGAAUCAAUUUUAUAAAAAGGCUAACGUGACUGUGGAAAAAGGCUUGGGAUCUGAAUACUUUCCGAUGCAGGGUGUGUGUGUUCGGCCAACAGAUGCUUAUUCAAGAUGGCCAUCUUAUUUUUAAAUAGGACACACUAACGUUGGGUCAUGCAAAAGACAAUUUACUGUCAAAUGCCAGCAAGAGUUGCAGCCAGACAGAUUUAUUUGAACAUUCAGCCUGCACAAUUAUUUGCUCUCUGCUUUGUUAGUUUAGGAUUCAACUCGGCAAACCAUAGUGACAUAUUUGAUUAGCAGAAAUGCCAUCAAUCUUUAUGCUGUAUGUUAAAAGUUUUGUGGCAUUAAUUUAGUGGCCUGGCUGACCCAGGAAGUGUGUAUGGAGAGGGAAGGACCAGUUUGCCUAGCCAGGCAAAUGAAUCGGCGCUAUGUAUAUAAACUAAUGAUCAUUAAUUGAUACACUAUCUGUUUGUAUACAGUACCAGUUAAGUUUGGACAAACAUACUCAUUCGAGGGUUUUACUUAAUUUUUUAUUAUUUUCUACACUGUAGAAUAAUAGUGAAGACUUCUAAACUAUGAAAUAACACACACUACCAUUCAAAACUUUGUGGUCACUUAGAUAUUUACUUGUUUUUGAAAGAAAUGCAAAAAAUGUUUGUCCAUUAAAAUAACAUCAAAUUGAUCAGAAAUACAGUGUAGACAUUGUUAAUGUUGUAAAUUACUAUUGUAGCUGGAAACAUUUUUUUUUCAUGGAAUAUAUACAUAGGCGUCCAGAGGCCUAGUAUCAGCAACCAUCUCUUGUAUGUUCCAAUGGCACGUUGUCUUAGCUAAUCCAAGUUUAUCAUUUUAAAAGGCUAAUUGAUCAUUAGAAAACCCUUUUGCAAUGAUGUUAGCACAGCUGGAAACUGUUGUACUGAUUAAAUAAGCAAUACAACUGGCCUUCUUUAGACUAGACGAGUUGAGUAUCUGUAGCAUCAGCAUUUGGGGGUUUGAUUACAGGCUAAAAAUGGCCAGAAACAAAGAAGCAGCUAGCAGCAAAGUAGAUUGGUCAGAAAAGCAAUAAAAUGAAUUGCUUACCUUUUGAUGAUCUUUGGAUGUUUGCACUCAUGAGACUUCCAGUUACACAAUAAAUGUUCCUUUUGUUCCAUAAAGAUUAUUUUUAUAUCCAAAAACCUCCAUUUGAUUGGCGCGUUUUGUUCAGAAAUCCACAGGCUCGUACAGGUCAUGACGGGCAGAUGAAAAUUCCAAAUAGUAACCAUAAAGUUCGUAGAAACAUGUCAAACGUUUUUUAUAAUCAAUCCUCAGGUUGUUUGUACAAUAAAUAAUCGAUAGUAUUCCAACCGGACCGUAGCUUUUUCAAUAGGAGAGCGAGAGAAAAUGUCUGCUCCAAGCUGUUGCACAUGCAAAACUCUGCUGGCACCCAGCCAUCCACUGACAUGAUGUGAUUGUUCUCGCUCAUUUUUCAGAAUAAAAGCCUUGAAACUAUGUCUAAAGACUGUUCACACCAUGUGGAAGCCAUAGGGAAAGGAAUCUGGUUGAUAUCCCUUUAAAUGGAGGGAAGGCAUGCAAUGGAACAGGGAGAUUCGUUUCUCUUAGGCACUUCCUGGUUGGACUUUCCUCAAGUUUUCGCCUGCAAUAUCAGUUCUGUUAUACUCACAGACAAUAUUUUGACAGUUUUGGAAACUUUAGGAUAGAAAACACUCCAAUCUGACAAUUUAUAUGCAUAUUCACGAUUCUGGGCCUGAGAAAUGGGCAGUUUCAUUUGGGUACGUUUUUCAUCCAAACAUCAAAAUACUGCCCCCUACACUCAACAGGUUAAAUGGUACCCGCAAAAUACCAGUCUCAACGUCAGCAGUGAAGAUGCGACUCUGGGAUGCUGGCCUUCUAGGCAGAGUUGCAAAGAAAAAGCCAUAUCUCAGACUAGUCAAUAAAAAUAAAAGUUUAUGAUGGGCAAAAGAACACCAGACACUGGACAGAGGAACUCUACCUAGAAGGCCAGCAUCCCGGAGUUGUCUCUUCACUUUUGACGUUGAGACUGGUGUUUUGCAGGUACUAUUUGUAUUUCUGAUCAAUUUGAUGUUCUUUUAACGGACAAUUUAAAAAAAUAUAUAUUUCAAAAACAAGGGAAUUUCUAAGUGAUCCCAAACUUUUGAACGGUAGUGUAUGGAUUCAUGUAGUAACCAAGAACGUGUUAAACAAAUCAAAAUAGAUUUUAAAUUCUUCAUGUGGAAUGCUUUUCCAACGGUCAUGAAGGAGUUCCAACAUAUGCUGAGCACUUGUUGGCUGCUUUUCCUUUACUCUGCAGUCCAACUCAUCCCAAACCAUCUCAAUUGGGGUUGAGGUCGGGUGAUUGUGGAGGCCAUGUCAUCUGAUGCAGCACUCCAUCCCUUUCCUUCUUGGUCAACUAGCCCUUACAUAGCCUGGAGGUGUGUUUUGGGUCAUUGUCCUGUCGGAAAAACAAAUGAUAGUCCCACUAAGCGCAAACCAGAUGGGAUGGCGUAUUGCUGCAGAAUGCUGUGGUAACCAUGCUGGUUAAGAGUGCCUUGAAUUCUAAACAAAUAACUAACAGUGUCACCUUCAAUGCACCAUCACAUUACCUCCUCCAUUCUUCAUGGUGGGAACCCCUCAUGUGGAGAUCGUCCGUUCACCUACUCUUGUGUCUCACAAAGACACGGCGGUUGAAACCAAAUAUCUCAAAUUUGGACUCAUCAGACCAAAGGACAGAUUUCCACCGGUCUGAUGUCCAUUGCUCGUGUUUCUUGGCCCAAGCAAGUCUCUUCUUAUUGGUGUCCUUUUUAGUAGUGGUUUAUUUGCAGCAAUUCAACCAUGAAGGCCUGAUUUCAUGCAGUCUCCUCUGAACAGUUGUUGACAUGUCUGUUCGUUGAACCCUGUGAAGCAUUUAUUUGGGCUGCAAUUUGAGGUGCAGUUAACUCUAAUGAAUUUAUGUGCUCAGCAGAGGAAACUCUGGGUCUUCCUUUCCUGUGGCGGUCCUCAUGAAAGCCAGUUUCGUCAUAGCGCUUGAUGGUUUUUGCAACUGCACUUGAAGAAACUUUCAAAGUUCUUGAACUUUUCCGGAUUGACUGACCUUCAUGUCUUAAAGUAAUGAUGGACUGUCAUUUCUCUUUGUUUAUUUGAGCUGUUUUUGCCAUAAGAUGGACUUAGCCCUAUUUGGUAAAAGACCAUCUUCUGUAUACCACCCCUACCAUGUCACAACUCAUUGUCUCAAGCGCAUUAAGAAGGAAAACAUUUUUAAAAAAUGUACUUUUAACAAGGCACACCUGUUAAUUGAAAUGCAGCAGUGUUUGGCUACUUAAACAAAUCAAAAUAUGUUUGAGAUUUUUCAAAAACCUUUUUGGUUACUACAUGAUUCCAUAUGUAUUAUUUCAUAGUUUUGAUGUCUUAACUAUUAAUCUACAAUGUAGAAAAUGGAAACAAAUAAAGAAAAACUCUUGAUUGAGUAGGUAUGUCCAAACUUUCUCCUGGUACACUGAGUGGACCUAACAUUAAGAACACCUUCCUAAUAUUGAGUUGCACCCCCCACUUUUGUCCCCAAAAGAUUUAUCAAGUAUCAUCGAGAUCAUAAGAGAUCAUAGUUUUCACCUGGUCGAUCCAUCAUGGAAAGAGCAGGUGUUUGUAAUGUUUUGUACACUCGGUGUAUAACUUGGAACCGGACUUGGACCUGUUCUACUGGUAUUAUCAAAAUGUGAAUUUAUAUUCAAACAAGCCAUUGUCAGUAAUCACCCAUAGGGCGUAGCAUGUACAGGCACUGUCAAUGAAGGGUGUUUAUUUGUCAAAUUGCAAUCACUUCAUGAAGUUGAAAUAAAAAACAUUCAAAUAUACCCCACUGUAUCAUUAACUAUGGUCCAGAAGCCAAUCUGCUCUUGCUGCAACACUUGAGAUGAAUAUGACUCAAAACAAUAUCAAUGCCCUAUGUAUAGGCGGUACAAAUGUUAUAUUUUUAUGUUCUGUUUACAUUAGCUUGGCAACUUUGUUGAGAUGUCAGUUGGCUUAUGGUGGUGUUUGAAUAGACUGUUUGCCCCACCUCUAUCCGGCCUAGACAAAGACUAUAGUUAGAACAACUAAUGUACUAGUAACAAAGCAAAUGUCAUAGAAUGGGUCAUGGGAUGUGGCAUAUUCAAGAUAAUUUAAUGGUUUUUACAGAGCCUUGAAUGUUGCCUUGGGAAGAAUGCAAUGUAAACAUUUAGUCUUUGGACACAUGGCGCGUAGUCGAAUACAGUACAUGUUUCUUAUGAUGGAGUCAUACAUUUAAAAAAAUAAUAAUCUGUCUGUAAUGAUGUGCUUAUUUUGGGGAGAGCUGUGCUGUUGAUAUCUGCUUUUUGAUGUGUGAAUGUUUUAAUGUGGCCUGAAUGGAUGGUGAUGGUGGUUGAUGUUCUCUCUCAGGAAUGUGAAGGAUGGGAUUGGACAGUCUUGGGCUUUGGCGUAGAACUAAAUGUAACCGGUACUUUCUGUUUUUAUCCUUUGUAGUAUUUCAACUAGUAGGCUGGAUUGAUCAUUAAAAUAUUUUUAAUUCAUUUAAAUACACAAAGUUAACACUUGGAA